GGGGCGGCCAACUGCUUCACACUUUCAAUACUGCACUGAAGAGGGAGAGCGAGACAGCCUGGAGACGCACACAUCCCCCCAAAAUCUCUCCAGGCGACCGUCCCACAGAUUACAGGACAGAAACCUCCAAAUCGAAACGGACAGCCAUUGAACAUGGACGAAGGAAUCCCUCAUUUGCAAGAGAGACAGUUACUGGAACAUAGGGAUUUUAUAGGACUGGACUAUUCCUCUUUGUAUAUGUGUAAACCCAAAAGGAGCUUGAAGCGAGACGAUACCAAGGAUACCUACAAGUUACCGCACAGAUUAAUAGAAAAGAAGAGACGAGACCGAAUUAAUGAAUGCAUUGCUCAGCUGAAAGAUUUACUGCCCGAACAUCUGAAAUUGACAACACUGGGGCAUUUGGAGAAAGCAGUAGUCUUGGAAUUAACUUUAAAGCACUUGAAAGCGCUAACAGCCUUAACUGAGCAGCAGCAUCAGAAGAUAAUUGCUUUACAGAAUGUCUGCGGAUUAUAUCGCUGGAAUGCCCAGGAAAAGCCGAGCUCACUGUAGGCAGCGCAGGGCCCACGUGAUGAGCAGAUGUCUUAACGCCGCGGUUUUUCUUCUCGCCUCCCUCCCCCGUGCACCCUAGGGGAGCGCUCUCUGAAAUCGCCGGUCCAGGCCGACUUGGAUGCGUUCCACUCGGGGUUUCAAACCUGCGCCAAAGAAGUCUUGCAAUACCUCGCGCGCUUUGAGAGCUGGACACCCAGGGAGCCGCGCUGCGCACAGCUCGUCAGCCACCUGCAUGCCGUGGCCACCCAGCUCCUGACGCCACAGGUGCCCUCCGGCAGGGGCUCUGGGCGCGCGCCCUGCAGCGCGGGGGCUGCGGCCGCCUCGGGUCCCGAGCGCGUCGCCCGCUGCGUGCCGGUCAUCCAGCGGACUCAGCCCGGCACGGAGCCGGAACACGACACGGACACCGACAGCGGCUACGGAGGCGAGGCGGAGCAGGGCCGCGCGGCCGUCAAGCAGGAGCCACCCGGGGACUCGUCGCCUGCGCCCAAGAGGCCGAAGCUGGAGGCGCGCGGCGCGCUCCUGGGCCCGGAGCCCGCGCUGCUCGGCUCGCUCGUGGCGCUUGGCGGGGGCGCGCCCUUCGCGCAGCCCGCUGCCGCGCCCUUCUGCCUGCCCUUCUAUCUGCUGUCGCCGUCCGCCGCCGCCUACGUACAGCCCUGGCUAGACAAGAGCGGCCUGGACAAGUAUCUGUACCCCGCGGCGGCCGCGCCCUUCCCGCUGCUGUAUCCCGGCAUCCCAGCAGCGGCCGCCGCUGCUGCUGCCGCCGCUUUCCCUUGCUUGUCGUCCGUGCUGUCGCCACCCCCGGAGAAGGCCGGCGCGACCGCCGGUGCCCCGUUCCUGGCGCACGAGGUGGCGCCCCCGGGGCCGCUGCGCCCCCAGCACGCGCAUAGCCGCACCCACCUGCCGCGCGCUGUGAACCCGGAGAGCUCUCAGGAAGAUGCCACGCAGCCGGCCAAGGACGCCCCCUGAACCCAGCAUUCCUUCCAGAACAGGGCAGGGGGCUCCCGAGGAGUCGCCGGGUUUCCAAGUUCAAACGUCCUCUAAAGCGUGCCAGGGAGGAAGAGUAAGCGAUGCUCGACAGGCUUAGGACAAAAACAGGUGUUUUGUGUAUGUUUGGAGUUCCUGUUUUGUCCGUCUCACCCUUUUGCCACCCCACCCAGUACCCUUUCACACCCCCUCCCCCGUCCCUGCUGUCAAGGAGCCUCCCUGAUAAAUGGUUAUCUUCUAUUACUCUCCUUACCUUUAGUUCUCGUUCACUCUUUCCAAAUACAGACUCUGGUUCAGGAGUCUGUUGGGUGGGAGAGCCAUGUGGAAUGACUUAAGAGUGCCUGGUACCAGGGCUCGACCCAAGCCUGGAACAGUAGAUGUGUCUCCCAACUGUCCCCUUAGGAGGUGGUCCAUUACCUGAGAGUCUCUGAGAGUUACUUUUACAUGGCAGUAUUUUGUAUUGUUCAUCUUUUUUGGAAGGUACCUAUUUUCAAAGAAGUGAGAAUGCUUGUUGCCCGGUUAUGAGGUGGCUGGAGUGUGUCUAUACCUUGCACCUGUUGGGAGAAAUUGAGAGUUGGGCCAUCUUGAGGCACUGUGGUGGGAGCUGGAAGAGGGAGGUUGGAGCCUUGGCGCCUUUGCUCGCACUUUAUUGACAAAUUGACCUCAAACCCUUUGUUUCAUGUCUCAGCUCACACAUAUAUGUCAUAGGUUAUAUAUUUGUGUUUCUGAUCCCUCAUUAUUUUAUCCAUCAUGGUCCCAAAUUUUUGUAACAUUACUUUUUUUUUUUUUUUUUUUUUUUUUUUUUUUUUUUUUUUGGAGAAGGACAUGGAUGUUAAAGUGCUCUGGGCUGGGAAAAGAAAAGUCCAAACAGAUUGAUUGUUGAAUUCUUAGAUGACAGAAGUGGAGAGAGGGGCUUGCAGUCCCUUGUGAUGGGAAGUGCUGUGAACAUAGAGAAGGCCUUGCCAGGCCUCUCAAGGCUGUAUGUAUUUUUCGGGAGACCAAAACCAGAUACCAGAAGAAAGUUUUUCAAAAUCAGGCAUAAACCAAGACCUUGUCUAGAUAUUUUUAGUUUGUUGCCAAGGUAGCACUGAGAAAUCUCACUUGAAUGUUACAUAAGGGGUGAGACACAAUAGUGAAGAAAGUUACCUGGGGCUGUGAGUGUUCGGGUCGUUUGCUGCUGCUGUUGCUACUGUUUGCCUCAAACGCUGUGUUUAAACAACGUUAAAACUUCUUAGCCUACCAAGGCGGCUGUAUGUACAUAGCUGUUGAUACUCCCAAUUAAUGAUGUCUGACAUGCUAUUUUUGUAGGGAGAAGAUACCUGCUAAUGAUAUUUUUAGUUAAAAUAUCUUUUGGGGCGGACUUGGUGAAAUGUUUGCACUUUGGUUACAUGCUUUUACUGCUUGGUGCAAGCUUACGCUGUCUUAAAUUAUUAAACAAAUAAAAAUAUUAUCUGCAAGAAAAACCAGCUGGUUUAGACAAGUUUAGUAUGUAAAGAUAAGCUAGAAACUAUCUUUAUAUUCUAGUAUUUUCAGCACUCCAUAUUACCUAAAUAUUGCCACACUAUUUUGUGAUUUAAAAGUUCUUACUAAGGAAUAAAAUGUUUAUAUAUGAUAUGCGAUGGUCUAAUAAUUAAACGAUACUGGGUACCCAAUGAGUUUUCAGAGACUGCUGUGUACAAGGACCUGAGCUCAUCUGCGUACUUGGACGCUUUCCGUUUGGUUUUGGUUUUAAUAUAUUUAAUCACUGGUUUCUCCAGGGAGACUCCUGGUUUGGGCCUUGGGUCCCCACUUCUCCCAGUCUAUCUUAAUGAAAACCACAGAAGGAAUAGUCUAGCACUCGCUGGAAGGUCGUUCAUUGUAGACCCAGUUUGCUAAUGUUUUUUUAUGAUUUACCUGGUUUGGGUCUGUGACCCCAGAUACCCUCUCUUGUGUGGUCUGCUGUUUCUCUUCUGCCCAGGUCUGAAACACACUAGGGGGAGAGAUGUUUCAUUCAUGCAAAUAUUUUGCCUUCUUAACUUUUACAAAGUAGCCCUGGUAUUGGGAGUUUGCCUUGGAGUUCAGGAAACAAUUUUAGGCUUUUCUCAAGCUUAAGAUCAUACCUGUGCUUGGAGACAAAGGGCUGUCCACUUUCUUUGGGUAGUGGUGUUGAACCCCUGACUUAAGGUGUAUGAGUGACAGUUUCUAAGAAACUGUAAGGGAAGCACUCCCUCUGCUGACUGUGACAAGCUGACUGUGACAAGGCAUGGUAAACCGGAAGCCACAGCUCAUACAUCUGCUAGGUCAGUCCCCUGAACUCUGUAAGGGAAGAAAGUCAGGCAAGGUCACAGAGGCACUGGCCAGAGCAUGACUAGGCCCAGCAUCUCCCUCUACUUGAGGACUUCAGCUUUCUGGGCCAAGGAUGCUGGUUUUGAUGGGCUAAAGCUCCUGAAACUGAACAAACCAACCACGGGGGCAAAGGAAACAAAAUUCAGCUAAUGCUGUCAGCUAGAGGCUCUGUAGAGCCUUGAUAAUGUCAGUCACGAGAAAGAUGGCUUGCCCUAAAUUUAAAAUUACAUAAAAAAACAGCAUUUUAAGUAUUGUGAGCUACAUCUUGUUGCCAUUAUUGUCACGACUGAAAAGAAGAUGCAACAGUUGACAUUUGCAUGGUUUUGUAACAUGUAAUAGAAGCUUUCUUUUUUACUUUGGCCAGGUUUAUAGGUUGCUUAUUCAGUCUGAAGUUAUAAAUAGUAACAUGAUAAAAUUACGAAGUUAGGGCAGAAAAUAAAAAUAGUAGUUUCCGUAUUACAUCUCAUGUGAUCUCGUGUGUUUCUAGGGAUGGUACUCAGGACUUUGGACAAUCUGGGCCAGAGUGCUACCACUGGCCUGGGCCCUCAGCCUCUGGAAGCUAUUAUUUGAGUCAGUGGUUGAUUUUAAUGAAUUAACAGCUGAGUCAGAACCCACUAAGGAGGUAGAAGAUUUGAAACAUCAGCUGAACUUAGUACAUCAUGUGAUCUUCCAACUUAACAACUACGAAUCUUUAUUCAAUAAUGCAGUUAGUAUUCAUUAAUUUUGCAUCGAUAGACUUAGGGAACUUUGUGUUGAAUUUAUAAAUGUUCUUACUAACCAGCUAAAAUUUACAUUUUCAAGGUGUUGGAAACCACAGCUGUGAAACUCUACCUGGCAUUCUAGUCCCAUGGUUGUGGAAGUCCUUUGACUUCACGCUGUUACUGGCUUAAGAGACCAAGAGAUUUGCGAUUCCUAGCCUGUGGUGAGUGACCUUAGCCUGGUGACCAUAGCCUGGUGACCUUAGCCUGGUCCUUUUCUGUCACUGGUCAGUCAAGUGUUUGUCCUCUCCAUAGGAGGUGACUGCUUGAGACCUUGGGAAGACAGGGCUGGACAAGCAGACCUUAAAGGCUUUUUAUUUCAGGAUGAGCAGAGUGAUUUAAGACUCCUUAUGUGAAGAUAUAAGCCUCCUCAUGUGAAAGAGGCAUUUUUUUUUUGUCUCAGCAAGCACAUCUCUUACUAAAAACUCUUUUCUUCAUCUGUUGACCCUUUAUUCCAAUAUAUUAAGUCCCUCUACCAACUAUUCUCUUGUUAAUUUAAGCAAGUUCUAAAUAGAUUUAUAAUAUGCUCACUCCUACCUCAAGUGCCAGCUUUUCAUGAGUGAAUUUGGUGGAGAAUUGAGAGAAAAAUCUCAUUUUCUAGGGACGGGGGAUUGCACUGCAAAUGUGCUAGUCUCAGAGUUCCGUGUCUGCCUUAAAAUCAUAUUUCUGGUACGAUUGGAACAAACUCUAAACAAAUACAAAACUGUACUUUAAAAAGAGUUGGUAUUUUAAAACUCUGAGUCUUGAGACACUCCCGUAAACAGCAGACGCUUCUAAGUUAAUGUAUUAUUUUUCUUUUCUUUUCUUUGGAAAAAAAUAGUGGAACGCACACUAAAGUUUAUUGUAUCUAUCCUGUGGGAUGUUCUAGGAGCUACCCUAUGCAUAUGCAAUGUUUCUAACGAUCUAGGGAUGGGAGCAUCAAUGUAACACGAUGUGUUUUUGUGUGUGCAGUGUUUGCACUUGGGCCGGCCCAUCCGGAGCAGUUGUGUCAGAUGAUUUAUACUGAGUCGGUUUCACAAUGAAGCGCUGGCUGGCCUGGAACUCCUCUAUCGACCACAUGCCUCUCUCUCUCCUGAGUGUUGAGAUGAGAGGCGCCACCACACCUGGCUACAUCUGUUUUUUCAGGGUUUCAGCCUUUCCCUAGCCAGUCUGCUAACUGUCACUUCUCAGUGGUCAGAGAGAGGCCUCCAACACAUACCUGGUUUGGUGCCUGUUUACUGUGGGCACGGACAGAACCACACCCAUUUUCACACGUGUCUAAAAUGGGAGAAAAUAGGUUCAGACAGAGGCCCCAAAGGCCCUGCUGUAAGCAAAUCAUGUAUGCUUACAUUCUCAGGGAUGGUUUCUUCCACAAGCUAUCUCUAUUUUCUAAAACUUCUAGAUUCUCAGCAGAGUUCCCCAUCAGAUUAUUUGAUAUCUACAAGUGCUUUCCAUUAUUAUGUAAAAAUAAAAGCCGGGUGCUAAUGGUUUCGGAGGAUAGCAGUAAGAAUAACAUUCUCUUGAACUAA